UGGAGGGAAGGCCUUCGUAGGAAAUUUAAAAAUGAAAGACGGAAGCUUCAAGGUGACAUACCAAUCCUCACAAAAAUGCGGGAGCGACACACAGCGAAAAGGAGGCCUGUAGAAGCUGCUGGGCAGUCUCCUAAAGUUCUGCGCCUUUCGCAUGCGGACCACCUUGUGCUUCAGGGGGAAACGGAGGAAACCGUCGCACAGCAUAGGCAAUGGCUUGCCACAACGGUACCCUCUGUCGAGUCUCCUGCCUACCGAGAAAGACUUCUCGUAACAGCCAAAGCUCGUCAUGAGCACAUCAAAACACUAACAGUGGAUGAAGCUCUGCGUGUUUACCCCUUCCUGAAAGAUGAGCACACGCUCCUUCUGGAGUUCGAGGUGUUGUACCAAAGAAAUCUUCUUCCCCUACUGGAAGAAGGGUUCCAGCGCCUGGUUGAGCUCAUCAAGGAGCACGGCUCAGAGGAUGAGGUCCUUCUCAUCACGGAGAGCAUGGAAGACACCAGCGAAGUGGGACUCAAAAUAAUUGCAGCCAGAUGUAAAGAAGAGCUCUCAAUCUUCAUAACGGAGAACGAAGACGUGACCCUCUCUCCUGUGUUACGACGACAAGAUGGAAGCAUCAGUCUCUUUGUUGAUGCUGAGCGUGUCUGCGACUGCUCCUCCAUGCUUCUCGGUCGGUCAUCACUGUUCUCAGCCUACUGGAUCUUCAACGUCAGAUACCCAAAAAAAGGUGCUAACACUCUCACCUUCAUUGAAAGGGCAGUCUUGAAAUUGUCAGUCACCAAGCCGCGGUCAGAGUGUGUAGACCUCCUGCACUUUUUUCAUGCUCUGGACAAAUAA